AUCUUCAUCAUCUGGCUCAUCGAUUCACAUACAAAUCUUCGAUCUACAUUCCCCAUAUCUCUCCAGCUUACUUAAGCCUUUGAACAUCAACACCACUACAUCUCUACUAAACAUCCUCUACAAUGGCCGCCAUGACUGAGUCUCGCCAACAAGUCUACGUCUCCGAUGGCUUCUCUGAGCCCAUGAGCGCUCAGCACAACUUUGCCAACCACUUUGACCUCAACGACCCGGACCGAGCCAUGUCUGAGUACCAAAGGAUCAUGCACGAGCACACCAAGCGCCAGCUCACCACUGCCACCGACUCGGCCCGCCGACGGAGUGGAGCCUCUUCAUCCAACGACUCCGUCCGCUCCAACAGCUCAUAAUCACCGUCGUCAAUAAUUCUCGACGACUUUCUAUUCAAGCGUCCGCGACGCCUUGUACAUUAGCGAUACAUGGCCCAAGAUUAUUGCUUGGUUCCAUUUCAUGAGAGCGGUUGGCGUUUGGGUUUCAUAGUCAGCAUAUGCCAUUGGCAUGCACGGAACGGUGUUGAACGACUUAGCGGUUAUCUUUGUUUACAAACAAUCAAUUGUCUCAUCAAGCGGACCUUCCGUCAA